CUUUGACCCGACGCCAUGUCGGGUGCUACGCAUCAUGGACGACAACACCACGCUGGCAGACGACGCCGACAUCGACCUGGCGGAGCUCCUGAUGGAGAUGAGCCGGUGGGAGAUGCAGAACCUCCGGGCGUGGGAGAUGCAGUACCUCAACCAGCUGUUUCAAGCAACUAUGCGGCGGCCUUUGGAAGCCAUCCCCAAGGUGAUGAAGCUGGAGUCAACGCAGGUGAUCUUGGAGCCCUACCUCGACAUGAAGUUCCUCUUCAACCAGGUGAUCUUGGAGCCCUACCUCGACAUGAAGUACCUCUUCACGGUCCUCCUGGAGUAUCUCAACAAGUUCCUCCUGGACAAGUACGACAAGCAGAUGCUUCGGGAAGAUCAGCAAUCAGUGCAGGUGCUGAUCCACUACAAGCAGAAGACCCUUGGAGAGUUUGUCAACGGACUUCGACAUGGAGCAGAAGAUCCAAAGCCCCAAGCAGUUGGUUCAGCGUUCGAAGCCCUUGGAAAAGCUAUGCCGACCUCUCCGACUACGGCAAGUGCGGCCUAUCCGGAGGAGUGGCUGAAGAAGUUGGUGGAAGCGCUGAGCGGAGACAAAAGAGCUGUAGUACCUCCCUGGUCUGGUGCUCCUUCAGGUUUGAGAAGUUGGUUGAAGCAACUUGGGAUGUGGGAGCAGGAGACAACAAUUCCAAGAGCCAGGUGGGGAAUCAAGCUUUACUCAGCUUUGGGUGAAGAAGCACGGCGCAUUGCAGAUGUCGUGCCUCCUGAAGUCUUGACUGGUGAAGGUGGCUACUCGGCCAUUCUCACGACAUUGAUGGCACGCUACAAGCCAUACUUGGAAGCGAUUGGACCUCAGAGCGUGGACAACUUCAUCUACACUGGUGACAGAGCCCGUGGCGAGAGCUUUGCAUCCUUUCUGUCAAGGAAGGAAGUUGCCAAGCAGGAGAUGGAGGCGCAACUGGGAUCCGUGAUGAAUCCUUUGAUUGCAGGUCGCAUCCUUCUGAGACAGGCUGCGCUUUCAGACAACCAGAUGCAGAUGAUGGCGUUGAAGUCGAACACCCUUCUCAGCUAUGAGCAGGUGGUCAAUGCUUUGAGGCCCCUCGAUAGACUGGAGACGCUGGCCAAAUCAGCUGGUUUGCCUGGUGCAGUGGCCUCCAAUACUCAGAGAGCCUUUCUUCAAGCUGGCGAUGAAACUGCUGGUGACUAUGAAGAAGAAGGCGAAGAAGAAGACUAUGUGACUGAGUCCGAGGAGUCUGACAACCUGCUGUACUUUGAGGACAAGGAGUUCGACGAGACGGAAGCCAUCUACGUGCAGGCCUAUAACGACGUGAGAAAGGACCUCAAGUCAAGGAGAAAGGAACGAGGUUUCGUUCGACAUGGCAAACAGACCGGAAAGAAGGGAGCCAACAAGAAGCCCAAAGGAAGAGGGCGUGGUUUUCGAAAAGAUGGUGGUCGAGCCAAAGAUGAACACAUCAAGGGCACAGAGGCUGAACUGAUGGCGAGGACACGAUGCUUUGCCUGCCAAGAACUUGGUCACAUCAGCCGCAACUGCCCUCACAAGAAUGGCUCCAAACCAAAGAAAGGCAACUUUGUCACUGUGGGAACGUCUGGAUCUUCAACAAGCACCUACAUGAUCCAGAACAAGCCGGAGGUGUUUCCACCGAAGAAAGCAACGUUGCUGCGAGCCAUCUAUGCUGGAGUUCGGGUUCGUACCCACGAAGGUGUCAUCGAUACGGCUGCCGAAGAAGCUGUGGUAGGCAGUCAGAGCUUCAAUGGAAUGAUCGAAGAACUUCGCGCUGCGGGAUUGCGACCAGUUCCAGUUCGACGACCUUCAGCUCAAUGUGCUGGCAUUGGAGGACAAGCUCGUCUUUGUGGUGCCUAUGACGUCCCGACCUCCAUCGCCGGUGUGCUUGGAAUCCUAAGGUUCACAGUGAUCCAAGACGGUGAAGGACCUGAGGGUUUCGUCACACCUCCCUUGAUCCCAGUCUCCUAUUUGGAGACAGUUGGAGCUCAGUUGGACAUGCAGAACGACACCUAUGCGACUGCGGAUGGUGGUGUGUCUUCUGGCGUUGCUGGCAUUGCUACAUCCGGGACUUUGACAACUUCGUCUUCUUCGUCUACAAGCGGUUUUCCUCCUACGGUGGCUCGAGAUCCAGAUGCAGGAGAACCAAUGGAUGAUGUCUUCUUCAAGAACUACAUCGAAGCCCAUGUACUACCUGGAGACGAACCGCCCAAGUCAAGGUCCAGAUCUCGAGAAUCGAAAGCAGCUACCGUCGCCUACAUCGACACAGACACCGAGAGACCUUCCGCCAGAAGUUUGAAUGAGUUGGUUGAGCGGGAACAAGAAGAAUCUUCUGGACAAUAUGAGGAAGAUCCUGUGCUACAUCCUGAACAACCUGUACAUCCUGGACAACCUGUACAUUCUGAACUACCACGACGAGUUGAGAUGCUCGAGACUCCAACUCUGCCGGUGGCGUCACCUGGUGACAGUGAAGACACUUUUGAAUCGGGAGUGUCAUGGUCUCCAGAAAGAGCCCAACCAAGACCGGCGAGAUUCUUGUGGUUUGAGCAUCAAGAAGAAGAUUCCCCAGUGAACAGCUUCGUCAAUGAGAUGAACGAGACGACGCCCUUGCCUGAGGGACGAUCAGUGUUGUUCCAGUUGCAAGACUGUUAUGGCCAAGUGCGACCUCUGGAAAUUCAAGAAGGUUGGAGACGAAGACUUCCUGUGCCCAACCACCUUCAAAGUAUCCCUACGGUAUCUUUGACGGGUCGCAGAAAAGUGACGAUGGUCGACGCCUAUGGGCGACAGGCAACUGUGGAUGACAACUGGGUGGAGAGAUCUCAUCGCACUAUGGAGACACCAUGGUUUGGCAACGUCACCUUCUACGAGACUCCAUUGCCUCCUCGACGAGAUGAUGAGGGUGAUUCACGUGGCCCAAGUCCUCAAGACGAUGACGACCAAGACCAGGAGAUCAAGGUGAGCUCCCUGCAGUCCUCCAUCUACAAGAUGAUGCACGACGAGGAGGAGAAGCCCACACGUCGCAAGAUGGGAACAGCCAAGUGCGAGGCAGCCUGGUCUCGCGUGGUGACAGCCAUGUUUCGUUUGAUCUACACGACCAUGAACCAGAUGGUGUUGGACUAUCUCCAGAAGAAGGGCAACGAGAUCGACGACGAGCUCUACAUGCAGGAGAAGGAGAAGCAGCCGACGAAGCAGAAGGGCAAGAACAAGGUGGUCAAGAAGGAAUGGAUUCCUCAGGGAAUCGGAGCACCCAUGUCCAGAUCCCAAGCCCAGGAUUACUGGAACGUCAGCCCGGAGACAUGUACACACCCAGGAGAGUACAUGAGGUGCCGAGCCAAUCGACAUCAACGUUGGUGGUGUUGCCUUCAAUGCGGAAGUCGAUGGGAACGCCUGGAAGCAGAUCCCGCCGCGUCCUCUUCGACGACAAUUGUUCCGGAGCUUCCCAAUGCCAAGAAGCUUCAGACCAAUGUGGGAUCUUACCCGGAGUAUCUACCAGCUCCUCGUUCCCAACCAAAGCAGGGCAACAUUCAACUCCAAGUGGACCACCAAGGCAAGAUCAUGAGGACCCCUGGAGCGACUGGAUCAGAGCAGAUCCCAAAGGCCAAGAUGACAGCGAAGUCUGCCUCAGCCCCACGAGAGCGCUCCCAGUCCAAGGAUCGAAAGAUGGGGGGUCUACGCGCAAUGCGACCACCAAAGAGGUCCCAAGGCCAAGUUCCUCAAUACGACCUGACCGAGCAAGAGCCCCAGGAAUUUGUCGACAGCGACGAGGAGAAGCCUUGGCAGAGGGUGGACAUGGACAGCAAGUCCCCUCAGAAGAAUUCGUUCAAUGAUGAUUCACAUCUCACGGGACAGACCGCGGCCGGCAUGACAUGCUACGUCUACGGCCAGAGUUUCACAAGGCAUUUUGCCAAUUCAGCAGCCGAAUCGUUCGGCAAAACCCAAGUCUUGACCAAGCAGGACAAGAAGAUGGUCAAGGAUGCCCUCAAAGUGAUGGAAAUAUAUUCGCCAGAGAGAGUGACAAAGAAGGCGGCAAAAUAUGGAUUCACCAGUGGAGGUGCUUUGGACCUCACCAAUGGAUGGAACUUUUCGAAGAAAUCCCAUCAGGAAGCUGCUCUACGGUUGAUACGCGAGAAGCAGCCCGUGCUGGUGAUCCUAUCUCCGCCGUGCACGGCAUUCUCAAGGCUGCGAUCUUUGUCGAAUUUCAAAAGGAAUCCUGACAUUGUACGUCAAGAAGAAGCUGAAGCCAUAGAACAUGUCAGAUUCAGUGUCCUCAUUGCAAGGAUUCAGCAUCGAGCCGGUCGAGGUUUCCUGUUCGAACACCCGAAGGGUGCAACUUCAUGGUCUUUGCCCUCGCUCAGCCAACUACGUGAUGAGCCUGGCGUGCACACCAUCAACCUCGACAUGUGCCGGUUUGGUUUGAGAACUUCUCAAGGACUUCCAGCCCUUAAGCCCACGAUGCUGCUCACGAACCUUGAGGCCCUGGUCAACGUUUUAGGACGGCGAUGUGAAGGUUUCCAUUUGAAGCAUGGUCCACUCCUUGCAGGAGAAGCGAAGCUGGCGGCCAAGUAUACACCGAUGUUUGUGGAUGCCAUCCUUCGAGGACUACGUCAACAUGUUCAAGCUUGGGUCAAGUUCAAUCAGACUGAAGAAGACUUUUGGGAAGAUCUAGAAGAUAGCGUGGUUCGACAUCAUCGAGUUCCUCGAAGAGCUCUCUUCACUCCAACUGGUGUUUCGGGAUGUCCAAGCCCUACGAGCAAGUUGACCUCCCAACGGACCACCAAGAUGACCUUCCUACAAGGUUCCACUCAAGUCUUCUCAGACAAUUGGCGUAGUGCUGAAGCACCCAAGUACGCCUUCACAAAACUCUGGAAGGGAACAACUACAUUCCAGAAGCACGAGCCCAUUGUGCUUCCUCCAAACUGGCGGGCUGCUGCAAACUAUGUGGUUCAAGCGGCAGCUCAUCCUAUCUAUGAGUAUCUCACCUCUGAAACCGCCUUGCAAGUGGAUUGGAAUGCUGCAUUUCCAACCCACAAAAUUUUGGGAGGCGGGCCUGUUUCUUCAAGUGCGGCAAGUGCGGCGGCGGUGGACGAACCUACAACGUCUUCUAUGUCUUCGCGCCGUGGUCUGCAAGAUCAACAACUUGCUGAAGUUGCACAACAUCCUGAACUACCUCAACAAGCCGAGGGUGAUGAGAUGGUGGUGGAAGGAGAGAUUGAAGACCCCGACACGGAAGAAGAGACAGCAGAAGGAAGAGCCAAACAUGCACUGCGAGAUCUCAAAGUGAAGCCUUUGCCAACGGAUGCGAUCCUACAUCCGGAGAUGCGAAGAGAAUUGUUCCGAGUGCACAGGAACCUGGGACACCCAUCCCGUCAAGUCAUGACACGUGCUCUACGUCAUGCAGGAGCCAAGAAAGAAGUCAUUGAGUUUGUCAAACAUCACUUUCGAUGUGACCUUUGCGACAGAAAGCAGUUGCCAUCGUCGCACAGGCCGAGCAAGCUGCAGACUGCAAUGGAGUUCAAUAGUGUGGUCGGCAUUGACAUCUUUCAGGUGAAGGUUCCUGACCUAGGAGAUCUCCUGCUGUUGAACUGUUUGUGCUGGGGCUCUAACCUUCAAGUAGUAGAACUCCUGGAGUCCAAGCACAGCGAGACAGUUUAUGAGGCCUUUGCCAAGGUGUGGUUGAUGCAUUAUGGACCUCCUGGCUUGUUAGUGUCAGACCAAGGCGGCAUUUUCAAGACCAGACUGGAAACGGUGCUGCAUGAAAUCAGCGCCACAACCAUUGAGGAGGUGCGCACUGCCAUCUAUGAAACUGCUAUGGCUCACAACAGGUACUAUAACAGAGCUGGAUUUACUCCUUUUCAACGAGCUUUUGGAACGUUGCCGAGAUUGCCGGCUUCCCUGUUGUCGGACCACCAAAUCGACAAGGAGAUGAUUCUGGAGAGCGCAGGCGAUUCAAUGCAACGAGCCUGGCAGAUUCGAGAAGCUGCUGGAAAAGCUUGGUUGAAAUGGCAGGACGAUGAAGCAGUGAAGCGUGCUCUGUCAACGAAGACACGGACCAUGGACAAGAAGGAGUUCGCUGACAACGAGCAGGUGUUCAUUUGGAGAAGCGUUCCUGGUCAUAAAGGAUGGACUGGCCCUGGCACCAUCAUAGCUCAGAAAGGCGAUUCCUUCUGGAUCAGCAUGCGUGGCUAUUUGGUGAAGGCCAACCGUGGCCAACUUCGACAUGCAACUGCUGAAGAGAGUUUGGGUGCUGAGCUGGUCAAACAUCUGUCCACACAGCUCUUGGAGGACAUCGAGAACAACCAGGUCAAAUUCUUUCGAGAUGUUGAAGGAGAAGGACUUCCGGAGAUGCAACCGGAGAUGGCAGAGGGCGAGGGAGACCCACCAGAAAUGGCAGGGCCCGCAUUGGAGCCAUACUCACCAUCUUCACCUGUUGCAACUCCUAUGGUCCUAUGGAAGUCAUACCAGAAGAAGAAGAUCUACCUGCAGAUAUGGAGUUGGAUGGAUCAACACAACAACCAGAAGCCGGCAAUGCCGUAUCCAAGUCCACCACAAGGACUACCUUCCUGGCCGAGCAACCCAAGAAGCCUCUACCUAGAAGUUGCCAACGAACCUGCUGAAGAACAACCACGGUGGAUUCGAGACCGAGUGAAUGGUCACUACACCAUGGAUUCGCCCGACGGCAUAAAGUUCAACAUCAACCAGGCCGUCGGCUACUUCAACAACCAGGACACGUGCAUCUACCUCUCCAAGGCGAAAACAUCUCCUGGACAGGUAGAGUUCAAACACCUCUCUGAAAAGUACAAGAAGAUCUUUCGGCUUGCGAGAGCCAAAGAAGUGAAGUCAUUGCUUGACUCCGGUGCCAUCAAGAUCCUUUCCGUGGAGGAGUCAAGAAAAUUCAUGAAGGAACAUCCCAACCAUGUUCUGACUUCGCGCUAUGUGGAUCGUUGGAAGCCAACAGAUGCUUUCGGAGUUGUUCCAGAAGCUUUUGGAGAACCAGGAUUUCUUCCUGAAGAGCAUGGAGGCUUGGCGCCGAAAUCCCGUUGGUGUGUUGUGGGAUGGAAGGAUCCUCAUAUCCAUCAGAUAGAACGGACGGCUCCUACACCCUUGACGAGCUCUAUGUACCUGGCUCUUCAACUUGCAGCUUCAAGGAGAUGGGUGGCUCGAUCCAAAGACGCGAAGACAGCCUUCUUGCAAUCCAGACCAACGACACGAUCCCAGAAACUGGCUUGCAGAAUGCCUUCAGAUGAGCAGUUUGAAGGAUAUUCACCAGAGCAACUGAUCCUCUUGCUGACCGAGGUCUACGGCUUGGUCUCAGGUCCGAGCUGGUGGAGACGCUCCCUCUUGGAAGUGUUGGUCAAGGAGCUUGGCUACAGAGUGUGCGUCUACGACCGCUGCGUGCUCACCCUGGACGGUGCCGAGACGGACAAGGUCAAGGACCCCAAUGUUCCUACUCGCGGCAUCCUAGUGUUGGAAGUUGACGACAUGUUGGAAGCUGGCGAUGAGGUCCACCGACAGAAGAUGGAUCUUUUGGAAAAGAAGUUGAGGUUUGGAAAGGUAGUCAACCUCCAAGAUGGCGGAAGUGGCUAUGCCGGCAGACGUAUUAAACAACUGCCUGACUUCAGCUUUGAGUAUUCCAUGACGGACUACGUGAAGAACCGCUUGCAGAAGGUGAACAUCAAGAGGAAGUUUCUCAAGAAGGAUGCAACGAAGAUCAUCCUGAACGAGGACGAGGAGACCCAACUACGAGGAGUUAUUGCAGCCAUUAACUGGUGCGCUCGAGAAGGUCGACCAGAUGGUGCUGCAGCGGCAUCAAUCCUUUCAGGUUCUUUUCCGGACCCCACCAUGCAGAAUGUCAUCGACUGUAACAUGGUCGUGGACAAGUUGAAGGAGCAGGAGAUUGUCAUCAAGAUCCAUGCGAUUCCUGAAGCUGACCUACGACAUCUUUUGGUGGCGGACAGCUCUUUUGAUCCAACCGGAAAGCAAAAGCCACAACAUGGCUGGCUGCAAGGAUUGACCACUCCCCAGCUGAACAAGGGUCAAUUCGCUCCUGUCAGUCUGAUCUCCUGGCGAAGCAAGAAACUCAGGUCAUUGGUGGAUGAUGUGGAAAUAUCUAUGGGACUUCGCGGACCGCCUGUGGUGAUAUCUGCCGAAGACCCUCGACAUCAAGAUCCUGAUGACCUGAUGCGGCUACGCUGGCUUCCUCACAAUUUGAAUCCAGCAGACUCUUUGACUAAGAUGCCCAAUGCUGCGCACAUGGCACCUCUCUACGAAUCGUUGACCAAGAAGGGCAUGGUCAUUCAGAAGGAGGAGGACGAGCUAGCCUUGAGUCGUGGCUCAGGUGUGAAAAGGAGCGUUUGGUCGCUUCUAGCUUUGCCCACUUGUUUAGACGAUUCAUGGAAAUCGAAAGGUGCUUGUGCCAGUCAGGUCUUCCGCCGGGCCUACAAC